AUGGACUUUUUGGUAUUCAAGUACGAUGGGAUCUCCCGAAUGAAGGUUCUGAUCUUUGAUCCUAGUGGUUGCGAGAAAGUACCACCAUGUUUUGUCACGAAAAAUGCUAUUAGUGCUAGACAAAUGAAAGAAGAAUCCAUUGACAUUUCAAGCAACUGUGCCAAUCUUCCCAUGAAAACACCAGAAGCUAGAAGGAAGGCAUGGAAGCAAAGGGACGGGCGUAAGAUUGCUAAUAUCAGUUCAUCAUGCUCCCCAUCUAAGUCAUCAGGAGAUUCGAAAUCUUCAGAGGAACAUGAAUCACAUUCUGUUCCGAGUUACAUCCUCCCACGAUGCACCAGCCUUACUAAUGUUCAAAAGAAGCAACUGAAAGAAAAAGUCGGAGCUAUUUGUUCUGAAAUCCCUAUCUAUGUGUGUGUCAUGAAGAAGUCCAAUGUUUCUACAAUACAUCAAAGUAUGCGCUUCUCUGGAGCAUAUUCUGAGGCAUAUCUUCCAUUCGAGGGGAGGACGUUGAUGCUUCAUCGUCAUGGCAAGAGUUGGGAAGUGAUGUGCCGCAUUCAGGUUCGAAGAGGCCACCGCAAUUUCCAAAACCUUUGCAAAGGGUGGAAACGGUUUGCACGUGACAACAAUUUGCGGGUGGGAGAUCUCUGCCUCUUCGAGCUACUGAAGACCAAGAAUUACACGAUGAAUGUGCAUAUCGUCCGUGAAAAAUGAGAUCUCGUUAGUCUUUUCAGCCACUGGAGCCAGCUUUUGUGAUGGUGAUACCAACGCUUUUAUGCUUGAGUAGAGUCCAGCUUACUCUGCUGAUACACCAUCUAUAUAUGAUCUAUCCAUGCCCUGAUUGGAUGAUCGAUGCUCUUGUAGUGCUAAAGUUCAGGCAGCUUCGUUUU